CCAUUCGCUCUUCGCAGUACCUGGUGUGUACGCUGUGUGUGUCGAUGAUGAUGAUGGAGAGGACGCUGCUCCCGCUGCGCUGCCGGUGACGGUGCUGGAGAAACCGUUUGCCUUCAAGAUAACUGCUGACACGGACCAGAACACUGCCACGAUCGAUGUUACUGGUGGCGACUUCGAGUGGCGCAGAGAGCCGUACACGGUGUGCGCUGUCCCACAGGAUGAAACAUGUGAUUCCGUGUCUGCCCGGCUUCUUAUGUGUGAGAAGAGUGGGUUGUCGUGGUCAUCAUCUGUGUUCAUGGAUCUCACCAACAGGGGAAUGCUUGUUACGGAAGUGAGGUUCUGCUUCAUUGCAGCCAACGUGACAAUUGGAGGACGCACCUACACACAGAUGCAGAAUGUGUUAGAGGACGUGUGGGAGGAUUAUGGUGAGUCGACCACAGGAUUGUCUGGUGGAGUCAUCGCCGGGAUUGCCAUUGCCGGCAUUGUUUUAUUAAGUGUUCUGGUUGCCGCUGUGGUGUAUGUGUUGCACCAGCGACGAAAGAAGAGAAGGGAGUCACUGGACUCUGGUACACCACCCUCGCCGACGGUGCCACACUCUGUGCCGAGGGAGUCAAAUCCUCUGACAACUGACACUGCCGACACUUCCCCGCCCCCGACUGUUCCUCCGCAAGACGAUGGUGCUGCCCAGGUGCCUGUUGUUGAGCAGCAGAGCAACACAGUGCAGCGUCACGUGGACCCAAUAAAUAUACAGGAGGUGAUGGAAAGGAAUUUGGCUCCUUCAGAUGAUGCGUAUGAAAGCAGUGCGGCAAACACAACGGGAAAUGCCGGAUCUGCUAAUAACAAUGUGC